AAUUAUUAAUACAAUUUUUAAGUCACUUGAGAAGAAAGCACCAGACUGGGUAGACUUAUGGGUGGAACAAGCACAGGUGAGACACCAACAGAUGACGUACGGUUUCACCGGAAGAGCUUGCCACGCGCUAUUGGAUGCUACCAAUUGUUUGGCAGACAACCCUGAACUUUCAGAUUACGUUACGGUUCUGAAUAACUUCAAAAACGUGUAUGCAAAAUGCUUUUCCUUUAAACUCGAGCAUGGGUUUGAGGAGGCUAUUGCAGAUUUUGCCAGCAGCUGGGAGAAGCUGAAUCUUCCAUUCACAUCUAAAUAUCACAUUACAAAGUACCAUGUGGCGGAUUUCUGUCGAGAAGCCGGAAGAGGACUUGGGCUUCACAAUGAGCAAGCCUCCGAAUCCGUACAUGCUGAUUUUGAUGUGAUUUGGCAGCGAUAUAAAGCUCCCAAAUCAUCAAAGGUUUAUAACGACCGUUUGUUAAACUCUUUGAUUGAUUACAACAGCAACCAUAUGUGUUAGUUUUGAGUUUUUAAUAUGUUCCAUUCAUUAUUUUUAGUUGUAUUGCUGUUUUAUAGUUUACUUUUACUUUUUACUAUUUCACUGUUUCCUUUUCCUACUAACCAAUAAAAGCACCACUGAUUUGAAAUUCAUUUUCCCCCAUAACUUCACGGAAACAAUAAUUUAAACUAAACUUAAACCCCUAAUAAACCAUACUUAUAAUACACUUAAGCCAUGUUUGGAGAGUUAAGUCAGUUGUAAAUAAUCAUAAUUUUAUCAACGGCAACAAAUACAUACUGGUUGGAAAUGACUUGGACCACUUUUUUGACGUUUUUGGAGGUUUUUUGAUGAUAUUGAAUAAUUUGAAUAUGAAUUAUUUUGAAAUUUCUCAACAAAAACCUUAAAAUCAAGA